AUGUCCCACAUUCCAGUGGCAAUUCUGCUUAUUGCGAGCUGCUCUGCAGCUCACACGAUGCAUUCAGAAAAGCUCCUUCCGUGCCUAAUAAAUUUGAUCAACGGAAAUGCACCAAAGUUUGCCAACCAAAUUAAUCUGUUUGGCGCGAACUUGUCCACUUAUCGGGACUUGGAUUUGCGGGAAGCACUGCUACUAGGGAAGAAUCCUUGGGUAACGGUUAAUUUAGUUCCGUAUGGUCAGUUGCAGAACUUUAACCACCGGCAGUUGGUAAUCUGGAUGGUGAACACGAUGGAUGAGUUUGAACGACAGUUCAAGGACGUUUCGCAGAUGAAUGUCGAGUUUAGAGGGCACUUUGUGGUGGUACUUAAAGGGGAAUUCAUCUGGAAGGCGGUUCUUGGGCACUUCUGGAAUAUCGGUGUAACGAAUGUGAUUCUUAUGGUAGAGGAGGAAGAUGAAGAGAGUAUUUUUGUGGUAGGAUACCAACCGUUCCAAGAGGAUUGUUGUAGAUGUGUGGCUCCAAAAGUGGUGGACAGAUGUUUCAAGGGAAAGUUUGAAGAAGGGAAGUUUGAGUUUUUGUUCGAUAACUUUGUUCGGAGAAUGUACGGAUGUCCGCUGAGAAUAGCUACGUUUACGAGACUUCCGUUUAUUGAAGUGGUUGACAGUAGGGAAGGGCGCAUGGUACUUCAAGGAGCAGAAGGAGAUAUGUUGGAAACCAUUUCACGGAGGAUGAAUUUCACAAUUGAUGUUACAGUACCAAAAGGUGAUCACGUUUGGGGACAGGUCUAUCCGAAUGGUUCGGGAGUGGGAGCGAUUGGAUUGGUGGUGAUGGGUGAAGUGGACUGCACUAUCGGUGGGUUCGUUCCGUAUGCUCUGCUGGUGAAAUUCACCAGUUCAUCGAUCGGAUACUACAUGACGGACUUCGUAUUCGUCGUUCCGGAAGAGUUAGCUGAGAUUUCUUCGCUAAGGCAGCUGAGUAAACCAUUGGGAAAAUGGAUCUGGAUAGGAAUUGCAGCAGUUCUAUGUACUGCAUACAUAGUUGUGAAGGCAUUUAAUUACCCAGAAGUUGGACAAUUCAGCGAAUUUCCAACGUUGACGUUGUUUCGGGUUACUCUUGGGGAUUCCCUGCCAUCGCUUCCACGUGGAAACUUCUUUCGAUUUCUUAUGUUUAUGUUGCUUUAUCACUACCUGAUUAUAAGGGAAAGCUACAAGUGCUCCAUGAUCAGUCAUCUAACGGAGAAAAAACAUUUGAACGACAUCAGCACAUUCGAGACAAUGAUUUCCGAAGGAUACAGCUUUGCGAUAACCUUCCCGUUGUAUGAUUUAUUGUUCAAGGAGACGCUCCAGCUCGACGGGUCGGUGAUUCUGCUCAGCGAGGAAGAGUACAGCCGUGGGUUGGUGCAAAUCAUUAGCGAACGACGUCGAAUCGCGAUGAUUUCCAUACCGGAGGAGAUCGUCGAUUUCAACCACCGCCAUCCCAAUUGGUUGAAUUUUCGAGUCUGCGAAGAAAAUCUGAUGCGGUUCCACUUCAGCGUAUAUUUUCGGCGGUCGUCUCCGAUGGUGCGGGAGUUUGAUCGGCUGGUGCAGCGCAUGCUGGCUGGAGGGCUGAUGGCGAAAUGGCACGCCACGCUGAUGAACCGCAGGUAUCAGGCGACGACGCUGAACGACGAACCGGCAACCGUCCUCACCAACGGGCAUCUUUUCAGCGGGUACAUUUUUCUGGCCGUUGGAUUGGGGGUAGCUGGUUUGGCGUUUUUGCUGGAGGUAGCAUCCGUGCGAAGUGGAAAGAUCAGAUUUGUUUUGAAUCGAUUGUAAUUUGGCGG